AUUCCUCCAAUUACAUAUCCCUAUUGUUGAGUUGCUUAAUGCCUAUAUAAUGACCCACCAUGCUGUAAAUAGAAAACUCAUAAACCCUAUAUUGGUAGUAGCUGCUACACAGAUCCUCUCAUCUCUCACAUCUCCAAUUCCAACCACUCCACUUAGUUUGCAAAGCGAUUUGGAAGAAAUUAAGAUGAGCAAUAGAGCAAGGAGUCCAACGUUGGCAGCAACCUCAUCAUCAGCAUUCUCUUCUGGUGACAUGUCGUCGGAUUUCACGACAUUAUCAUCAUCAAUUUCUGUUUACUCAUCGGAAGGUUCAUCAUGCGUGUCUUCCUCUGAGGCGGCUGAAGUUACAAAGGCAAUGCUUCUCGUAGGUUGUCCUCGAUGCUUCAUGUAUGUGAUGUCGUCAGAAAUUGAUCCCAGAUGCCCCAAGUGCAAGAGUACCGUGUUGCUUGACUUGCUACCUAAAGAGGAAAACAACACCAAGAAGACAAUCACCUAGCUAGCUAGCUAGCUUUCCUUUUGUUAGUUUAAUUAGAAUUUUAUUUCCUCUCUGCAGGUUUUCUUGUGAAAUCUGGCUGUUUAAUUUUCUCACUAGUUUUAAGGCGAAGGGAAGAGAAUUUGAAUUAUGGUUUUCUCACCAGAAUUUAAAGUUGUAUUAUUGUUUAUUUUAAUGUUUUGGACUCUGAGUUCUUUGUUC